GUGUGUGUGUGUGUGUGUGUGAGCGAGAGGACGUUUCGUAAUGAUCUACCAGAAAAAGGAAGGAAGAUUUUUUUUUCUGCUGUUAUGCUCUGUUCCUGAUGGUGCUGACAACUUUUUUUCGUUUGAGUAGAAUUGUGUGUUGUUGUUGUUCUUGUUGCUCGACUGUGCAUCCUCAAGCUGAACAUCGUGACUGAUCGGAGAGGGUCAGGCUUUAUUUUUAGCCCUGCAGUGUGUAGCUACAAAGUGAAACGGGGAUUUGGACAUUCCUUCCCUCUCUCUCCUGUGUGUGUGUGUGUGUGUGUGUGUGUGUGUGUGUGUGUGUGUGUGUGUGUGUGUGUGUGUGUGUGUUUGUCAGGACCGGAACGGUGUCCGUGGUGGAGAAGAAGGCGAUGCAAUUCUAGGCUAUAAAUAGCGCACGCAAAAAAAUCUUGGAAAAAACCUCACAACUGCUGCACGGGUUUUUUUUUUUCCGUGUCCGUGUCUCGCGCGGAAUGCCGUGGAUCUCGGUAGCUCUCUCUCUCUCUCUCUCUCUCUCUCUCUCUCUCUCUCUCUCUCUCUCUCUCUCUCGCGCGCGCGCGCUCUCUCUCUCACUCACACACACACACUCGCGCUCUGUUUAUUGUUCCUAACCGAGACAGCUCAAUAAAACGUGUCACUGGGAUUAUGGGAAACUUCUGCGACUUGGCGAUGGUCAAUAUUUAGACAAUUGGAUGGAUUUUUGUGCUUGGAAAAUACGCCAAACCCGCCGUAGUGGAUUACAGCAGCGUGUGAUUACAGCAUCGUAUUUUUAUGAUUAAAACAAUCAAGCGGGAAGAAGAAAACGAAGAGAGAAGACGAAGCAGAAGAAGAAGAAGAAGAAGAAGAAAGGAGGAAAAGGGGAAAAAAAAAUCUGGCAUGGACACGACUCGUCGUGUCUCCUGGUUCGGUUUAAAAACCCACGGCUACACGCCACAUCGCGCGCGACAAUGAUUCGGUUUCAGAGUGUAAAUCGGCCCGGUAUUUACGCACAUAUCUGGAUCGGCGAAACAAAGAAUCGAUUUGCAUGAGGACAGGAUUCUCCGUUACGCACACCUUCAUCACGCCUUUUCUCGAAAACAAUCAUUUACCCUCGCAAAGGCUUAUAAACAGGGAUCCUGUGUUUGCAUUCUCUUUCUUUCUUUCUUUCGUUCUUUUUUUUUUUUUUUUUUUUAAUACGGAACCGUUUUGGCACCGUGGGCUCGAUCCUAAUACAGAUCGAUCGAGGAUUUCGACAUGCCCUACACUGAGGAAGCCAUCGGCGGACCACUAUGACUACAGCGGCGAAUUGGGUGGCGAACGGGGCAAGCCUCGAAGACUGCCAUUCCAACAUUUUCUCUCUGGCGGAGUUGACGGGCAUCAAAUGGCGCUGGUACAACUUCCGUGGCGGCGGCGAAUACGGACCCGUGAUCUCGGCUCCGGCACAGGACGACCCGGUGCUGUGCAGCUUUACACGCUGCGUGCAAGCCAACCUGCUGUGUGUUUGGCGACGUAGACUCAAACCUGACGCCAAGGAGCUCUGGAUCUUCUGGUGGGGCGACGAACCCAACUUGAGUGACAUCAUACACCACGAGCUCGAAGUGGUAGAAGAAGGACAAUGGGAAUGUGGGCUUUCCUAUGAGUGCAGGACACUUCUCUUCAAGGCUGUUCACAACCUACUGGAACGGUGCCUCAUGGACAAGGACUUUGUGCGCAUCGGGAAGUGGUUUGUCAAGCCUUACGAGCUCGAAGAGAAGCACCUGGGCGCCAGCAGCAGUGAGCACCUCUCGUGCUCUUUCUCCUUCUUCCUGCAUGGUGAGAGUAACGUGUGCACCAGCGUGGAGAUCUCGCAGCACCAGCCUGUCUACCACAUCACUGAGGAGCAUGUACGCCUGGCCCAGACCUCCAGCAGUCCCAUUCAGGUGAUACUGAGUCCGUACGGUUUGGGCGGCACUCUGACUGGUCAGGUGUUUAAGAUGAGCGAUCCGGCGGUACGGAAGCUGAUAGAAGAGUGGAGCUACUUCUACCCCAUGGUGCUGAAACAUAGCAUGCGCGAGCAGAACAGCGAUCUCAGCUACGACCCCCACAGCCAUGUCGCUCUGGAGGUCAUCGUGGGUGGUGUGAGGAUGAUCUACCCAGCAGCCUUUGUGCUCAUUGCCCAAGCUGAUCUGCCUGUAGAACAGCCUCCUUCUGCCCAAGGAGCACAAAGUGGCACUAGAGACUCAUCAAACUGCGGCAUUCCGCUCACCCCACCUACAUCCCCAGAGCAGCCCUGCUCCGGUGACAGCGGAUUUCAGACCGCAGUCUCUAGCGUGAGCAGUCAAGAGAGCGGAGCCACUCACAGCCCCAAGCAUUUGGAGAAAAAGCUGAGUAAUCAGAUGGUCCAUCAAGCAUGGAAGGAAUGCUACAUGAACCAAUUACAGCGCAAAUGCAAUCUGUCGAACGGCAUGGUGCCAAAGAAGGACGUAACAAGCGAGGUGGCAGUUUGGGACUUUACUGACCCCGUGGAGCGAGCCCCAUGCAGCUGUAACAGGUCAAGGCAGCAGCCGAAGCAGCAGCCACAAGCAAAUGGCUUCUCUGCCAAUUCCCAGCCCAGUACCAACCCAUCUUCCUCUUCCAGCUCUUCCUCCUUAUCCUCCUCUUUACCCCCACCUUCGACACCUAAAAGCAAGACUGCCGACAAAGCAGACAAGUCUGACAAGGUUCCCAAACGGGCAGCCAUAACCCCUUUCCACCACCGCCUCUCUGUAGACCAGCAGCCAUGCCCGGAGCAGGACGCACCUCCUGGACCUCAGCUGGUACUCGCGGCCUUGGACACUUCUUUAGAGAACUUGCCUGGCUGCAAAUACCCUAAGCCUAUGUUCACUGGCAGAAAAGGGCCUGAAUCUCUCCUCCAUUCUCCAGUAUCACCACUACCACCUACACUAAGUCCACAUCCUAGGGUGCAGGACCCUGAGGUUAUGGAGGCACCCAUGGAUGUUUCCCAAUGCCUAGAGGGCAGUUCCAUGCCUACCGCCCCAGAAAUGAGUGACACCGCUCUGUAUGCAGCCUCUCUAGUACGCAGAGAAGCCAGUGGAGGCUGGUGGAAGAGUUACAGGACUCCCGUGAUAGACAUAGUAGAGUACAAGCCACCAGAAUUGCCAUAUGAUAUGGUGGAGAUCAAAGCUGAGGGUGAAGGAACUGCCUUGAAGAGUUUUUUUGCACAGACGCACAAGAGGUUUAAGAUCUCAGAAGAGAGGCUUCAGGAGCACAUAAGCACUCUGGGAUUCAUGCAGCAGCCAGGAGUUGAAGCGCUUGGGGAAGCUGGUGAAGAUCCUUAUGACUUCAAGGAAGGGGACAUCGAGUACAGCUUUCCCACCACCAAAAGGCUAAAGAGCCGCGAUCCCAAUCGGAAAUCAAAGGGAGAGGAGGUCAAUGGCAACAGCACGGUCCCUGAAGGGAAAGAUGCCAUGUCCAUUUUCAGCUCCGCUCCUAAAUUUGCAGAGGAAUUGGCUCAGGACGAGUCUGGGGGAAAGGCCAACCCGCCUCUGACCAGAGAGAAAGAUCUGAUAGUGCUCAUAUCAGACUUGGAAAACAUCUUUGGAGAGGAGGAAGAUGAUCUUGGGACCACUUUUCCUAAUCAUCAGCAGCAAUCCAAGACUGUGGUGCCAGGAACUGAAGAGCGCCCCCUGGGGAUUGAUGGGAGAGUAGCAGUACCAUAUCCCUCAACAGUAGCAGAGCUUCAGCGGAUGUUCCCCACUCCUCCCUCUCUGGAGCAACACCCAGCAUUCUCCCCAAUUACAACCUACCGAGACACCCCCAGCCAAGAAACCCCAGCACCCUCAGUGGGACAUGAGCAUCUCCACAACACCCACACCAACAGCCAUUUUAGUGACUUUAGGUCUGACAUGGAUGAGAGUGUGACAAGCCCCAAAGCAGAGGAUAUACGGUCGCAAGUGGGAUGUUCCAUGUUUGCUCCCCUCCGGACAUUACCCAGCCAGUGUCUUCCCCCACUGAAGAUCCCUGAGCAGUGCUACUACAGACCCUCGUGGUCCUUGCUUCCUAAGAUGGAGCCCUACUGCCUCCCGAGCCAGGCUCCUUUUGUACCACAUGGAUAUGUUAAUGUUCCAAGCAUCGGCACUCUGCAGGACCCAGACUAUGCCCAGAUGAGCACUGGUACCGCGUCUGUUGGCACAGCAGGUGGAGUCCUGCCUUCACCUGCAACACCCCGUUUCUCUGUACCUACCCCACGCACCCCGCGCACCCCACGUGGUGUAGGCACUGCCAGUGGGCAGGGCUCCAUCAAGCAGGACGGUACAGAGCUGAGCUCGCCCAUUUCCACACCCUCCACUGGCCUGCCCCUUAGCUCGGUGGAGCCACUGGCAUCAGGGCCGGUUUUACCCGAAGCGCACAGCCUCUACGUCAUCUUGCUUCUCUCUGAUUCUGUCCUGGAUGUAUUCAAGGACCGCAGCUUUGACAGCUGCUGCAUCUGCGCUUGCAAUAUGAACGUGAAGGGUGCUGAUGUGGGGAUUUACAUCCCUGACUCAACCCGUGAGGAUCAGUAUCGCUGUAUGUGUGGCUUCAGUGCCAUUGCUAACCGACGUCUGGCGCACGGUGCAGGACUCUUCCUUGAGGAUGAGCUGGAUAUCUUUGGGCGUGGCUCAGAGGCAGGACGGGCAGCUGAGAGGAGGCUGGCACUGGGCAGGAGGGACACACCUACUGGUGGGAGGCGUGCCCAGGAGCAGACUCCAAUAAAGGUGUUAGAACUGAUUCAGGAGCAGUGUUCCCAGCCUAUCUUGUCUGUGGCAUCGCUGCACAGUCCUGCUGCUUGUUCUUGCCGUAGCAGGCAGAGGGCGCUGUUGCAGAGCUGGGUGGCUGACCGACUAUGGGCAGACAGUAGCGAUGCAUGUGUGGAGUGUUACAAUGCUCUGGUGCAGGGGCUGCAGUACGUGGACAAUGCAGCUGGUGGGAAGGUGGAGCAAGCUUUAGUCAGAAGCAGUGCACUUCACUCCUGGCCUCACACAAAUGUGUUGGAUAUCAGCAUGCUGUCCUCUCAGGAUGUAGUACGCAUGCUGCUGUCUCUGCAGCCCUUCCUGCAAGAUGCCAUUCAGAAGAAGCGCACUGGCCGGACCUGGGAAAACAUACAACACGUGCAGGGCCCGCUCACAUGGCAGCAGUUCCACAAAAUGGCUGGAAGAGGUUCUUACGGUUCAGAGGAAUCUCCAGAGCCACUCCCCAUUCCCACACUGUUAUUAGGUUAUGACCGAGACUUUAUGGCCUUGUCGCCUUUGGCUCUGCCUUUUUGGGAGAAGUUGCUUUUGGAGCCAUACGGAGGUCAAAGAGAUGUUGCUUUCCUGGUCCUCUGCCCUAAUAAUGAGAUCCUUCUUGCUGGAGCCAGAACCUUUUUUCAGGAGCUCAGUGCUGUCUAUGAGUCAUGUCGCUUGGGCAAACACCAUCCAUUGGCCCGGAUGACCAGAGAUGGCAUAGUACCAGUUGGAACUAUGGAAUCUGCAAAGCCGGAGGAGAAUGGAGGAGAGGUGGAUGAAUGGAUGACAGGACCAUGGGCAGGUCAAUACAGAGAGGAUCAUUUAAGAAAACUCAAGCUCUAUGCCCAAACCUGCAAGCAGAAAUUAGCUCCACAGCUCUCAACUCUGUCAUUAGACAGCAAUCUUCUCCUGCCCCCAAAGCCUCAAUCUAGCUCAGCUCCUGCUCCUUCCAACCAGCUGAACCCCAGCACUGGAGCCCCUGAAGGAGAAACAUCUACAGCAGCAACAACAGCAGCAGCACCAACAGCACCAACAGCAGGAGCCCCAGCAAACACACCCACGCCUACAAGUACCAGCACGGGUCAGGCCAGCACAGAAGGCACAGAUACACAAAGUGUCCCUAACACAACUCCAAACCAGCAGAGUCAUCCAACAGAGAAUGCUGAGAGCUUGGCAGAGCGAGAGCGAAUCGGCAUUCCCACGGCAGCACAGUCGGCGGAUAGCCACGCCUACCCUCCAGCCAUAGUGCUGUACCUGGUGGACCCCUUUUUGUGCUCAGGCUCAGGGGUGGGGUCAGGGGAAGAAGAGGAAGCAGAAGAGGUGCAGUCACGCAGCAUGUGGUUGCUGGCACUUCUGCGCUGCUACACAGAUAUGCUGAGCUCACUGCCAGAGAACAUACAGUCAGCGCUGGUGCUACAGGUGGUACCGUGUCAGUACCUGUUACAGCCAGCCAGUGGUGAGAGUCCUCUGUACCUGCAGCACCUGCGGUCGCUGGCUUUCUCUGCCCAUUCGCAGUGCAGACGGCGGCUUCCUACUCAAACGCACAUCAAAUCCCUCACGGGUUUUGGUCCGGCUGCCACCAUUAGUACUUUGUUCAAGAGUGUGGAGAACCCGAGCUCUAUGCAAGUGUACUCUCCUCCGUUCGUCCUGGCCCCUCUGCGCACUAAGCAACCAGACGUAGGAGAGGAAGCUUCCACCCGCUACAAUGUGCUCUUCGUUGGGUAUUGCCUGUCUCAUGACCAGCGCUGGAUACUUGUUUCUUGCACUGAUCAGCAGGGGGAGCUCUUAGAGACCUGCAUCAUCAACAUUGAUGUACCCAACAGGUCUCGCCGACCCAAGUUCUCCCCACGCAAAAUAGGCCUGCAGAAACUGUGGGAGUGGUGUAUUGGUAUCAUCCAAAUGACAGCAAUACCUUGGAGGAUUGUGAUCGGGCGGUUGGGUCGAUUAGGUCAUGGCGAGCUGAAAGACUGGAGUCUGCUGCUGGGAGAACACUCUUUGCACUCGAUUAGCAGGCAGCUGCGUGAGGCAUGUCGCAUGUGUGGAAUUUCAGCCGCCGAUUCGCCAUCCAUCCUCAGUGCCUGCCUGGUCUCCAUGGAGCCCCAGGGGUCCUUUGUGGUCAUGCCAGAUGCUGUGACUAUGGGUUCAGUGUUUGGCCGGAGCACGGCUCUCAACCUGCAGACGUCUCAGCUCAACACCCCACAGGAUGCUUCCUGCACCCAUAUCCUGGUCUUUCCUACUUCCUCCACUACGGCCCCAAGUUCCUACCCUACUGAGGACAACACAGACGAUAUAUUUGGCCUGCCUUUCACGGAUGACCUGGAGAAAGACAUUGAGCAUGAUAUGAUGCUUAUCACCGGAAACCUUCACGCUUCCCCUAACACCUCGCCAGUGCCUUCCCCUGGCUCCCCCUGUGGUCUGGGGGUGGGCUCCCAUUUCCCUCACACUAGGAGUCAGGGUGAGCGGUUGUUGUCCCGUGAGGCUCCUGAGGAGCUAAAGCAGCAGCCCCUGGCUUUAGGCUAUUACGUCUCCACUGCUCAGGCAGAAGGACUGCCUCACUGGUUCUGGGCUUCGUGUCCUCAAGCGCAGAACCAAUGUCCACUCUUUCUCAAGGCUUCUCUGCACCACCACAUCUCCAUCGCUCAGACAGACGAGCUUGUCUCCAGCAAGACAUCCCAGAGGAACCCACAUCCACUGGACUCCAAAACCACUUCAGAUGUGCUCAGGUUUGUGCUGGAGCAGUACAACGCCCUCUCCUGGUUAACCUGCAGCCCGGCCACACAAGACCGCCGCUCCUGCCUCCCUGUGCACUUAGUCAUCCUCACACAGAUGUACAACGCCAUCCUCAACAUCUUAUAGGACUAGUGAGUGAGGCCAGCACAGCUGCAUGCCUCUGAAACGGGUGCUUGGGACCAGCGUUCUGAAAUGUAGCCACCGUUCGGUUAUGAGUUGAGGUGGAAAGGGUAACUCUUUUGCUCUAGCACUGCCUUUCUUUACGGGCCGGAGUUCUGGAUUACUGGGCUUUGAACUUUGAACCAACAAAGGCAGCUUGUGCUAUCCAUAGAGGCCAGUCAUCUCUUUUCUGGUUUUCUUUUUUUUUUUUUUUUGGGAAGCAUGCAACCAUCUCAGAAGUAAGCAUAGUACAAUCACUACCCUUUAACUCUGAUGGGGUCAUACGGUGGGGACCUGGAGGAAAGGGUUUUGAAUCUUGCACUUUUUGGAUUGAAAAUUCAGCUUCAAAUGGCAGCCAUACUUUAAAGUGUUUUUGUUCUUUUUUGUUUCGUUCCUGCCCUUUUUUCCCUUCAUGUCAGACCCAAGCGAUGUGGGCUAGCUGGGUUAAUUAUAGAGUAUUAACACUAGGAUGGAAGCUAACAACAUCUCACAGAUAUCUACACAGAUGUGAUCUACGGAAACAACCGGAGCAACCGGUAGACCCGAUUCGAACGCUAAGGCUGUGUUCACUUUAGAUCGGAUCUGUCUCGCUAGAUGGCUUACAUCAUCUAUCAAAUGUUUUUUGAACACUACUCAGUUCCUCCAUAUUGUUCUUCAAUCUGUGCCCUAAUUAUCAGGAUUAAAUUGCAGAAUCUAUAUUCGAUCGGUCUCAACCACAUUGAAUAUUAUUUAUCAGAUCAACUAGGACCACAUAUGAAAGAGUCUCAGGUCUGAUCUGAAAGAAGGAGAAAAAAAAAUUCCUGUCCCACUGAGGCAGAAAUAAAUACAUCGGAUUUAUGUGGAUGUGAGCGUAGCCUAAGGUUCUGUCUCCAGCGGCAUUCAAUUUCCCACAGACCCCUGAAGAUUCACAGAACAUCUCAUGCUCAUUUCCUCUACGGCCUAAACCAAUAUGCAAAGAAACUCUCCAUCGCACUCCAAACUGCCCACAGUGUCAUCAGCCCAGAGGCUAAUGGUCCAGCAAGAGAAGCCCAGCUAAACCAUCUACUUCUUUUUUUUUUUUUUUAAUUAAACAUCAUUGUAUUUUAUUGUACAAAGCUCUUCUGAUUAUAUCUCUCUCAAUUUGUACUUAAAAGCUGAACCCACGAGAGAGAACGCAACAAACUCUGUUUAAUAACGGCACUUUCUCCCUCGCGGCCAUGUUGUAGAUAAACUCGCCAGCUAAUAUUUGACAAUGAAAUCAAAACUCUUGUUUAUAGUGUAGACUUUGCAGAGAAUUAUUUUUAUUAAUGCAAGCAAAAAAAAAUAAAAUUGAGUAAUUUCCUUUUUUUUUUUCUUCUUUUUUUUUUUUUCCAAAUUUAAAUCGAGAGCAUUGAGAUGGUAAUUUUAAAGACGAUUGUACAACGAAAUGUUAAAAUGCCAUAUUUAUAUAUUAUAUAUCCCAUUGUAUACAUUACAUUUAUACCAAAUCUCUUUCUAGCUACCCCAAAAGGGUAAAUAUUGUGUAGGGAUUUACAUUAAAAAAAAAGUCUUUCAUGAGACAAAACAGUAUAAAAGCGUUUAUGAAAUGAAUGCAUUAAGUUGCCUAUUUUUUAUUUACAUUCGUCUUAUUUUGCCUUUUAAUUUAAUGCGUUAAGUUAAUAGCUAAACGAUGCAGAAAUGAUAUAUUUAUGAAGUGUUUUCUAUCACUGCAAAAUGAACUUGAACUAGGCAAUAGAUUGAAUUCAGUGUAUAUGAACAUGAAACUUAUUGUACAUUUGAACUAAUAUGCAUUAUUUGUAAGGCAGUCUUUAAAGAUGUCAAAUUUAACCGUCGGAAAAAGGCCUGUUUCUUAUUCAUGGUCACAAAUGUUGCCCUGUAAUUUGUAUACUUCCUUGCAUGUUUGUAUAUACACUUUUCAGCAGUGUUCUUUUUUUUUUUCCUCCCAUAUUUUUGAAGCUGUACAUUUCAUGGCAUUAUUGAAUUUAUUUUAUUUUAUUCUACAUGACUCCUAUGAAGUUUUUUUUUUAUUUUUUAUUAUUUUUUUUAGAUAUAAAUAUACAGUAUAGCCACCUCAUUCAAAUACAGCCAAGGGUGCAUUGCCAAGACUUAUGUAUACUAAGGACAAAUACUUUUGGGGCAGGUUUGUUACACCUACCAUCAUUUUGAAUAUUGAGCAGAUCUGUCUCUGGGAAAAAAAAAAAGGAUCUGUAUCUUUUACACUUUUUUUAAAGUAAAUUAUUCAAAUCUGAA